AGGGGGUGGGUGAGGUGGAUGCGCAUGCGCAGUGCCAAGAGGUGGAGGAGUCCUGCUGUUUAAUGGCGGCCGCGUGCGCGUGGUAACGGUAGUUCGGUGGCGGCUGCGAGGGGGUGGGUGGGUGAUGGCGGAGAGCGGCGCGUGGCUGCUCGUGCUGAGCUCGGUGUUUCUGUGCAACCUUCUCAAAAUCCUCCUGCCCUCCUGCUCCUCCAUCAUAUCCAGAUUGCUACAGAAGGAUGCAGAGCAGGAGGCCCAGAUGAGAGCCGACAUUCAAAACAUGAAGCAAGAACUCUCAACCAUUAGUAUGAUGGAUGAGUUUGCUAGAUAUGCCCGGCUGGAAAGAAAGAUUAACAAAAUGACUGACAAACUUAAAACUCAUGUGAAAGCACGAACUGCUCAAUUAGCCAAAAUAAAGUGGGUGAUAAAUAUUGUAUUCUACAUUCUACAAGCUGCUUUGAUGAUCUCACUAAUUUGGAAAUAUUAUUCUGAGCCAGUUACUGUGCUUCCAAGCAAAUGGCUAGCCCCAUUGGAGCGUUUAGUAGCCUUUCCUACUGGAGUGGCAGGUGGUGUUGGAAUUACAUGCUGGCUUGUGGUCUGCAACAAAGUUGUGGCCAUUAUGCUUCACCCUUUCAGCUGAGAAGGAAUCCCAGAAUUCUGAACUGCAUUUCCGUUAUUAUAGUUAGAAAGUGGAGUCCUGAAGUCUUUUACGAGAGACAAAAUACAGAGCUUGCCCUAAGUACUUCACUUCUGGUGUAUAAAGGGAGAGAAGCCCUUUCUAUCUAAGAAAGC